AGGGUUGCUUGCACCAAGGCUUGUGUUGGUGUUUAGGGCCGGGGGCAGCUGCUGCUGUUGCUGAUAUUGCAGUGUUUUCCUCCACAUUAAAGAUCUGAGGCCUGGAACAAGGCUGCCACUGGGGUUAUGGAGCUCUUGUAAUUCUGAGCAUAGUGGUUCUAUUAUGGAUGAUCCACACUCAGGGUUUAGGGCUGUUGCCAGGAAUUAAAUGCCUAUUUGGACAGGAGGAGAUCAGCAAUACAGAUUCCACGUCAUUUUGCCUUGGAGGAGGGCUGACAUUUCCAUGCACUGGGGACUUCCUUUCCCUCAGCCAUGCAGGAGGCUCCCAGGCCGGCUGGCUGCUACCCUGUAAAGUGGGGUACGUGUGGCGUUCUAAAGGACAAGCUGUGUCUAGUAACCCUUUCCCUGUAAAGAUUAUCAACAGUUUGUAAGGCUGUUGGCACUGGAUUGUAUUGACAGGACGUCUCUCCCUAAUCUGCUUGGAUCUGUGCCUGGAUUAUGGCUUCAGUGUGGAAGAGGUUGCAGCGUGUGGGCAAACAUGCAUCCAAGUUCCAGUUUGUGGCAUCAUAUCAGGAGCUGAUGGUGGAGUGCACCAAAAAAUGGCAGCCUGAUAAGUUAGUAGUGGUCUGGACAAGAAGGAGCCGACGGAAAUCAUCAAAGGCUCAUAGUUGGCAGCCCGGAAUUAAAAAUCCUUAUCGUGGGGUCGUGGUGUGGCCUGUUCCUGAAAAUGUUGAAAUCACUGUGACCCUCUUCAAAGAUCCCCAUGCGGAGGAGUUUGAAGAUAAGGAAUGGACGUUUGUCAUUGAAAACGAAUCCCCGUCCGGACGUCGAAAAGCUCUUGCAACCAGCAAUAUCAACAUGAAGCAAUACGCAAGCCCUAUGCCGACGCAGACUGAUGUCAAGUUAAAAUUCAAGCCCCUGUCUAAGAAAGUUGUAUUGGCUACUUUACAAUUCUCUUUAUCGUGUAUCUUCCUUAGAGAAGGAAAAGCCACAGAUGAGGAUAUGCAAAGCCUUGCAAGCUUGAUGAGCAUGAAGCAAGCUGAUAUCGGAAACCUUGAUGAUUUUGAAGAAGAUAAUGAUGAAGAUGAAGAGAACAGAAUCAAUCAAGAGGAAAACACUGCUAGAAUUACAGAAAUUGUAAACCAGUUGAAUGCUCUGAGCAACUCACAUGAAGAUCAGGAUGUCUGCGUAAAGCAACCAAAUAGGCCUUCAGCUAAAUCUUCCAGUCCCUGUCAAGAACUUUUUAAAAUGUACAAAAGCUUGGAUGAAGAUGAGUUAGAGAUAAAUUCAAGCGCACUUCCUUCUAAAAGUUUGGAGGUGACAGAAUUUAGGAAUAAAGAUACUGAAGAAGCUCCUAUAGAUAAGGCUCCUGCUAAGCAUGAAGACUUGUUUGACGAGAGCAACCCGUUUAGGGACCCUGAGCCCACCACAUACACAAAUCCAUUUGAUGAACCAGAUACAGAACCUGUGAUGACACAUGAACGUAAUAAAGACUCUCCACUCCUACAUGUCGAGAGAAAAAAUGCCAGACCUGUGGAUAUGAGCAAAUACCUCUAUGCAAGCAAAACCCAGGAGGAAGAGGACGAACUUGAUGAGUCAAACCCAUUUUUUGAACCAAAAGAGAGUGCAGAGUUGAGCCAGAGCAGUUCAGUAAAUGAAGCCACAUUGGCAAAGACCGUUAAAAAGAAAGCACCGGCUCCCCCUGUACCAUCACCAAAGAGAGAAGAGACUAGUGUUCCCCUAGCAUUACCAGCAGGAAAGGAUCGGACAUCUUCUCCGAAGCCUAGUCCGUUACCAAGUCCAACUUUGGGGAGGCAACCAAAUGCCAGUUUGUCGCUACUUGCCUGGUGCAAAGAAGUUACACAGACAUACAGAGGUGUUAAAAUUACCAAUUUUACAACAUCAUGGAGAAAUGGUUUGGCUUUUUGUGCAUUACUACACCACUUUAGACCUGAUCUAAUUGACUUCAAGUCCCUCAAUCCUCAAGAUAUUAAGGAGAACAACAAAAAGGCAUAUGAUGGAUUUGCCAGUAUAGGAAUAUCCCGAUUACUGGAGCCAUCCGACAUGGUGCUAUUGGCAAUUCCAGACAAGCUGACUGUUAUGACUUACCUGUAUCAAAUACGAGCUCAUUUUAGUGGACAAGAAUUGAAUGUGGUUCAGAUUGAAGCAAACAGCAGUAAAAGCACGUACAAGGUUGGAAACUAUGAGACUGACACAAACAGCUCCAUAGAUCAAGAUAAAUUCUAUGCAGAACUUAAUGAUUUGAGUCAGGACGCAGAACCUAAGCUUGAGGAAACAUCAAGUUCUCUGCCUGAUUGUGUUCCUCAUAAUGAAUCUAUCUUAGUCAAUGACUAUGGGAUUGUGAAUAGUAACACUGAGCAAUGCACUGUAGGUGAAAUUCCCAGUACCGAACUGAAAAUACCCUCUUCCAGGACUAAAAGUCACUUAGAAUUGCAACCCUCUAGUAGGACUUCUGAGUCAGAACAAUCAAACACCUGCAAUAUUGUUGAUGGGUCUCACUCACAAACACAGCCGCCAGUAACCCAAAUGAAAUUACUUAAAGCUGAUAUUGCAGACUUAAGUGACUUGCACCAGGUCUCCGAUUCUGUAACUGAACUGCCUUCUACAGAUGCCGUGGUAAUUGACACUCAUUCGCACAGUUUACCAGAGCAAACCAGGACAGACUUGUCUUCCUCUGAAAGUACCAGCUUGGGAAGUGGGUCAUCAGAAAACAAAGUAACCAGCAGAUUAGAUGAUUCCUACAAAAAAAGUAUUGAGGUUUCUUCCAAAAGUACUACACUAUGUCAAACCGGGAUCAGUGCUCUUCAGGAUUCUACCAAAUUGACAUCUAGUAAUGCUGAUCAAUCUUCAAAGACAUCUGAGCAAAGAAUGCUAACCAGACAAGAGGAACUGAAGGAGCGAGCCCGGGUACUGCUGGAGCAGGCUAGACGGGAUGCAGCGCUGAAAGCUGGGAACAAGCAGAGAAAUAACACGCCAGCACCUGCCCGAACCAAGCAACUAACUGAUCAGCAAGAUGAAGAGCGGCGCCGGCAGUUGAGAGAACGAGCACGUCAACUCAUAGCAGAAGCUCGAUCUGGCGUGAAGAUUUCAGAACUUCCCAUCUACGAGUCUACUGAAAAGUUUAAAGAGAAGGCAAAGUCAUCUAGAGAUGAGGAUGAUUAUAACAAGGAGCUUACCAAUAAGGAGACUCCUGAUUAUAGCAUUGUGUGUGGUGAAGGUGGAUCUACUAACAAUGACACUGAUUAUACUGCUGGACAAAACUCUGUGGACGUAAAGCUGAAGAGACUUCUGGAAGCUCAGCCACAGGUGGCCAACUCCCUGUCAAAUGCUGCCCAGAGGAGUGGACCUGAAGCCUCUAACAGAGAUUUCAAGAAUGGUAUUGAAGAUCUUCCCCCUGACCGUACACAGAAACUACCUGAACGCUUCAAAAAUCCUGUUGUAUUCAACAAAGAUUCAACAGUCCGGAAAACACAGCUCCAGUCAUUUAGCCAGUACGUGGAGACCAGGCCAGACAUGAAGAGACUACGAUCAAUGCAGGACGAUUCCAAAAGAGUGGAAGAAGAAGCCAUAAUAGCCGAGACCCAGAGGAAAUCCUCUGAAGAUGAAGUGCUAAAUAAAGGGUUCAAAGACACCAGUCAGUAUGUAGUAGGAGAAUAUGCAGCACUAGAGAAUGAGCAGAAUCAAAUUGACUCCCGUGCCGCCCUGGUGGAGAGGCGCCUUCGCUAUCUCAUGGACACAGGACGAAAUCCAGAGGAGGAAGAGGUGAUGAUGCAGGAAUGGUUUAUGCUAGUGAACAAGAAAAAUGCCCUGAUCCGAAGAAUGAAUCAGCUGUCUCUUCUGGAAAAAGAACAUGACCUAGAGAGACGAUUUGAAUUACUGAACAGAGAGUUGCGAGCCAUGCUUGCAAUAGAAGACUGGCAAAAAAACGAAGCCCAGAAAAGGAGGGAGCAGCUCUUACUGGAUGAACUGGUUAUUCUGGUUAAUAAGCGAGAUGCCUUGGUCAGAGAUCUGGAUGCCCAGGAGAAACAAGCUGAAGAAGAGGACGAACACCUUGAAAGGACCCUGGAGCAAAACAAAGGCAAGAUGACCAAGAAAGAAGACAGAUGUGUCAUCCAAUGAUCAUAUUUUCUGGGAAGGAUGAUCACGUGAUUUUAUCUGUGUAGCUUCAUUUUAUAAAACUGACCUGAGGUGUAAUAAAUAAAUAAAAAAGUGCUCUACAAGCUGAUGUAACCCAGUUCACAUAUGUGUUUGUUUAAUGUGCAUUUUUAACUAAUGCAUUGCACCAUGAUCACUUCAGUGGGAGCCAGAACUUAGUUUAGGUUUCCUCAAAGGUCGCAGCUUGGUUCACCUGUUGUACUGCUCCCAAUCUGCCCCAAUACUCAAUACCAGUUGCUUGUGGGGCUUGUGAAACAGGGGAGAAGGCAGCAGAUUUUUUUUAUUGAGUUUACUGGACAGCAAAUAUGUGUAAGCAUCUUUAUGAAUGAUCUCAUCUUGCCCUGCCAUUUGUAUGUAAGCUACUUACAUUUUCAUUUGAAUGGUAUAUACCCAAUUAACCUGUUUAAUUUGCUAUAUUUGCAAGGGUUUAUUUGAGCAACUGUUUUAUAUUUUAUUCUUGAGUAACCUAAUAUUAAAAAAAAAAAGUGUGAAUGUUUUACUGAAUAUGUUUUUAAGUACAGCCAUCCUAUAGGGACAUUUGGCUCAAAAUAUCCGUUUACAUUAUCCCACUAAUCUUUGGUGGGGGAAGUGUAUUUAUGUCAUGCUUCUAACUGCAAUUGAACAUAAACAUUUAGCUGCUGUUGUUAAUAUUUAUUUCUUUAAACAAAACAAAAAAAAAAUGUCUGUCUUACCAACUAAGCAGGUAUGACGCCUUGUGCUUUUAUAGCAUAUACAGCCUGGCAUAUUUGUGAAAAAAAAAUCUGUUUAUUUAUUACAAUAAUGUCAUAUACAAUUUUCAAUAAAAACAUUUUUUUUCUUA